AUGGGGCUCUCACAUGCACUGAAGCAAAGAGGAGAGCGAGAGUGUAGGAAGUGAAGAAGGGACAUGAGUGAAAUGACGUCGACGGCGGAUGUGGAACUGCCAGGCUUCCGAUUCCACCCCACUGAAGAAGAACUCCUCGAUUUCUAUCUCAAGAACACCAUCCUCGGCAAGAAGCUGCGCUUCGACAUCAUCGGUUUCCUAAACAUCUAUCACCACGAUCCCUGGGACUUGCCCGGUCUUGCCAAGGUGGGAGAAAGAGAAUGGUACUUCUUUGUGCCGAGGGACAAGAAGCACGGCAGCGGAGGCAGGCCCAACCGGACCACCCAGAAAGGGUUCUGGAAAGCCACCGGUUCGGACCGCAAAAUCAUAAGCUUGUCCGAGCCGAAACGCCUCAUCGGGCUGAGGAAGACCCUGGUUUUCUACAGCGGCAGAGCCCCCCGCGGGUCCAAGACGGACUGGGUGAUGAAUGAGUACCGCCUGCCAGACUCCUGCCAGCUCCCCAAGGACGUGGUGCUGUGCAAGAUAUACAGAAAGGCGACGUCCUUGAAGGUGUUGGAGCUGAGGGCGGCGCAGGAAGAGGAGAUGAAGCAGCUCGACAGCAUCUCGCCCUGCAGCUCCGCCGACACCCCCACGCAACAUUCCCGGCAGGUGGUUUUCAAGCAAGAAACGCCGGAGCCUGAGAGCUUUCAAGACCACAAAAUCCCCGACCUCCAGCUUCCCGUCAUUUCCGCGGACUGGAACCAAGACCCCUUCUGGACUCAAACUAACAACAGUUCUUGGUUAUCUGCACUCUCCCCCACCCUCCUCAACUUCUAAUUACUCCCUCCGGAUCCAUCCUUUCUUCUUUUUUUUUAACCCGUCAUCUCUCCAUCCUUAUUUUUGUACAUGCUAUCUUACCAUUUUCUGCUCUCGCUCCCUCCUUCCUUCAACCCCAUUUCUGUUUUUUUCAUUUGUUUCUCCUAUCAACUUUUAUGUUCCCUUAAAUAUCCGGCGCUAAGGUUGAAUUGAACACUCUUGUAUUGUUUACCUUGCUAAUUUUAAAAAAAUAAAAAGAAAAAAAGAAAAGAAAACGGGUGAUCGCUUCGUUGACGCCUUUUUAUGCCUU